GUUUUGCGAAGCACAGCUGUGUGUGGUGGAGCCUGGAGCUUUUCGCGUAUUGCGCAACUCAAAUUGAACUUGGGACACGGACGGGAACAGAACCAAAACACACGCAAAAAUGCAAAAUCCAAUUCAAAGGUUGGUCUACACGUUCGGUCAACGCCAACUGCCUCUCAUCGGUGGAUCAGCGGCAGUGAUAGCAACCAAGGUGCAGCCGAUGAUGGUCCACCCGCAGCAGUCGGCUCGCCAGUCCUCCUCCUCCGUGCUGGCCACGGAGUCAUCCAACAAGGGCAUGAUCAUACUGAACCGUCCCAAGGCCUUGAAUGCAAUCAAUCUGGAGAUGGUGCGCAAGAUCUACAAGCAUCUGAAAAAGUGUGAAAAGUCCAAGUCCCUGCUGAUCAUCAAAGGCACCGGCGACAAGGCCUUCUGUGCGGGUGGCGAUGUGCGUGCCCUGGUCGAGGCUGGGCCCACGGACGAGUCGAAGAGCUUCUUCAGGGAGGAGUACACCACGAAUGCCCUGAUCGGCAACUACAAGAUACCCUACAUCGCCAUCAUCGACGGCAUCACCAUGGGCGGUGGCGUGGGUCUGAGUGUCCAUGGAAAGUAUCGUGUGGCCACAGACCGGACAAUGUUUGCCAUGCCCGAGACGGCCAUUGGCCUGUUCCCCGAUGUCGGCGGCUCCUACUUUCUGCCCCGCCUGCAGGGCAAACUCGGAUUGUACCUGGGACUCACGGGCUAUCGCCUACGCGGUGCAGACGCCUUUUACGCGGGCAUUGCCACCCACUAUUGCGACAGCAGCAAGAUUCCCGAACUGGAGACGGCGCUGCUCAACUGCCCCGAUGCGGAUGAUGUCCCAGAGCUGCUGGAAAAGUUCCACACGCAGCCGGAGAAACCCUUUUCGCUGCAGCCAGUGCUGGAGCAGAUCAACAAGAACUUUGCGGCGGAUUCGGUGGAGGGCAUACUCGAGAAUCUGCAAAACGAUGGCAGCGAUUGGGCCAAAAAGACGCUGGGGACCCUGUGCAAGAUGUCCCCCACAUCGCUGAAAGUCACGUAUCGCCAGCUGGAGCUCGGCUCCCAGCUCUCGCUCACCCAGUGCCUGAUUAUGGAGUAUCGGCUGGCCGUACGCCAUCUGGAGGAUCGUGCCGACUUCAAGGAGGGCGUGCGCGCUCUGCUCAUCGACAAGGAUCAGCAGCCCAAGUGGCAGCCGGCACAGCUGUCGGAGGUUACCGACGAGCAUGUGCAAUGGUUCUUCCGCAAGCUGCCCGACACCGAGGAGCUCAAACUGUAAUGUAGCCAGGUCGCCCCCGUGGUUGCCUUUGAACCUUUAUCUUUUUGUUUUUGUUUUCUGAGCCUGUUAAUCCGCCUGUUCUGUUUUUCUUCCUUUUUUUGUGCGCCGCUCAACUUAUUAAUGCACAUUUACUUAAACGCAGUGCCUGAGCGCAUGCAUGGCAUGCAUACCAUUCCAUUGCACCUAUUUGCCUGCCGUUUUUUUGCAAUAUUUUCGUUAACCAAGUUCAGGUUUUAUGCAGCCACUUUUUGGCAGCUCAACUAGAUGGUUUAUUCUGCAAUCUCUGUUUCUUUUCUCUGUCUCAUUCCAACAGCAAAUAAUCAACUGGAAGGGGAAAUAUUCGCCUGUAUUUACACAACUAACUGAACGUAACGAAACGAAACGUGAAAUUUAAUGCAUUUAAUACUAUAUAUGAUAUACAUAUAUGUUUAUAUACCUAUACAUACCUACAUAUUAUAUACAAUUCGUAGUCUUAACUGAAAAUGAAACACCAAUUGUGCCUAAAGAACCAUUCGAAAUCGUUUAGCAAGAAUAAAGUGGAGUAUAUAUGUAUA